UUUAGCUUUUAUUUUAGAGUAACCAUCCGACAGUUUAAUACGCGCACGCACGGACUAGAGUCCUGGCCAAUGAUUGGUUCAUUAAUCUGCCAAUCAAGUGUGGGCGGGGUCAGUGGGAGUUACUCGAGUGGGAGCAGGCAACGAACGGAGCUGUCAAACACCAACAGUCGUCUGAAAUAUUAUCCCGGGCGGUACAAAAACCAUCGUACUUUGCUCUUUUGUGGAAACAAGAGCGACAGAAGCAGACUUCGAGUUCACUUUGAAAUUUCGGCCUUUGGACUUUUAUACCGUCGCGACGAAAAAGUUUGUUUUGUGGGGAAUUUUAGCUCUUUGCUUCGCUAGAGUUUGUUGACAAACUAGCCCGUCAGUCAGCUAGCGGCUGAGCUAGCUGCGUUACCAAGUUUGCUGUUUCGCCGUUCGCUUGUCGUUUUCGAUAAAUACUAAGUUACCCGACAAGGGAAUGGAGCCCAACUUGAUCUCUUCCUGCAAAGAUCUCCAUGUAGUCACAACAGGUCUACAAGGGAUCACUCCCCAUCUGUCAAACAUGUGAAAACCCUCUCAUCCCAGUGGACUCCCCAGUGUUGAAUGAGCGAGGAACUGGACUGGUAGGAGACAUCUUGGAUCCAGCCAGGGUGUGUUGUCAGGGGUGCCCUAAACACCAUUUUAAACAUCAGCGUGUGUGAGGUGUUUUCUCCGAGGACACAAACUGAAAAAAGACUCUGUGCUGCUGUGGAACCCAUUAAAACAAUCUAGUCAUCUUGUCAUGUGGAUACAUUACAGAAAAAGGCCCAUAUUACCCUCACUAUUAUCGCCAUCUUUCACCACACCAUGGACCGGAAUAAACGCAACUCCAUUGCUGGGUUUCCUACACGCCCAGAACGUAUCAACGAAGACAGAGAUAGUACUGGAGGGUUAGGGGUUGGCGAGGUGGGUACGAACCCACCUUCACAGGUGGGCAGGGUGUGUCCAUCAUCCUAUAGAGCCCUCAUCAGUGCCUUCUCCUGUCUGACACGCCUUGAUGACUUCACCUGUGAGUGGAUCGGCUCUGGAUUCUUCUCUGAUGUCUUCAAGGUACGUCAUCGAGCUUCAGACCAAGUCAUGGCUCUGAAGAUGAACAAGCUCAGCAGCAACAGAGCGAACAUGUUGAGAGAGGUCCAACUAAUGAACCGACUUUCCCAUCCAAGCAUACUCAGGUUCAAAGGAGUGUGUGUCCAUGAGGGUCAGCUUCACGCUCUGACAGAGUAUAUCAAUGGUGGAAACCUGGAGCAGCUUCUAGACAGCAACAAACACCUAAGUUGGCCCAUGAGGGUAAAACUGGCUUGUGACAUCGCCAGCGGUCUGGCUUACUUGCACUCCAAAGGCAUAUUCCACCGGGACCUCACCUCCAAGAACUGUCUAAUCAAAUGUGAUGACAACGGCUACUCGGCAGUGGUGGGAGACUUUGGCCUGGCAGAAAAGAUCCCCACAAAUCCUGCUGAACAAGUGAAGCUUUCAGUGGUCGGUUCUCCUUUCUGGAUGGCUCCAGAGGUGCUGAGAGAUGAACUCUACAACGAGAAGGCGGACAUUUUCUCCUAUGGUAUAAUCCUGUGUGAGAUCAUUGCGAGGGUCCAGGCUGACCCUGACUUCCUUCCUCGCACAGAGAACUUCGGCCUCGACUAUCACACGUUCCAGCACAUGGUUGGAGACUGUCCGCCUGACUUCCUCCAGCUGGCUUUCAACUGCUGCAAUAUGGACCCUAAACUCCGUCCAUCCUUCCCAGACAUUGUGAAGCACCUCGAGGAGAUCCUCGCACGCCUUAAAGUGGAAGAGAUGGAGCACGAGUGUGUCCCGCUCAGUGGGGACAACGACAAGAAGACUAUAAUGAAAGGUGAGAAGAUCCAGGGCUUCAAACGACUCAACCCUCUCGGUUUCCAGGAUGAUAAAAUUCCUCCGAAAUCUCCCCGCCCUCGACGAAACAUCUGGCUCAGCCGCAGCCAAUCGGACAUCUUCUCCUGCAAAACAGGAAGAAAAGUCAACGUCCAGGACCCUUACUACAACCCCCCCGCUGCUCAGCGAACCUCCAAAGCCCGCAAGAUCAACCCGUUCACCGCCCGAGAGGACCUGUGUGGGGGCAAGAUCAAGUUUUACGAUGUGCCCAGCAAGUCCGUCUUCUCGCUGGUGUUUGACCUUCACUCACCUCCGGGGAGCCUGUUCAGUAACCAGCCGGCGGCUCACGGACCUGGAGGACCCCAACAGGAGGCGUCUUAUUACUGGCAACAGCUGCCAGGAAGACAGUGUCACUCCUUGCCGGUGUCGCCCCAGCUGCCCCGCUCCGAGAUCUUUCACCUCGCCGCCGCUGGCAGCUCCAAUAACACCGGUUCUGUUACCUGUAACUCCAGCCAGCUUUCCACAACGCUGCCAGCUCACUCGAGGUACGACGCAGGCCUGAUUGGAAACGACUUCCGACAGAAGGCGGCGCUGAGCGGCUGGGCGAAGAAAUAUGUCGUGGUUGAGAUCCCACCUUACUGCAGGCAGAGAGGAGGGGAGGAGGAUGGAGAGGCGGACGGGAGGAAGGAGGGAAGCGAGGAGCAUGAGUUUGGGGAGAGCUGGUCUCCGAUGGUCCCCAGCGGCGAGAGAGACAGCGGAGAGGCGAUGGACUGCUCCAGCAGCCUGGAGGAAGAGGAGGAACGACAGAGAGGGACAGACAUCUGCCCCAUGUAACACACACACACACACACACACACACACACACACACACACAGACUCGUGUGGAGAAGGCGGCAGGGAGGACGUGACGGAUUUGGACAGGAGAGGGAGACUUAAACCCCUGGAUGGUUAAAAAUAGACUGUGGGCCUGGACGUAUUUCAGAGAUUUUGGAAAAUUUAACUGUAAAGAGCAAAGAAGAAGCACUUGAUUUUUAUCUUUCAAGUGAAUGUAUCACAUGGUGAUUAAUAAAUCAAGCACGACCGACGUUAAGAAAUAACCUUCCAAGAUAUUAUCACCCAGGUCAAGUCUCCUUUCAGCACAAACUAAAAGCUUUUAUCAACACAAUGGACACUCGGCAUAGAGAUUAUAUUUUUGAAAAGGAUGUUUAUAUUUAAUAUUGUGAGAUGAUGUAGAUUUUUUUUCCUUUAAUGGUUUCUUAUAUUAGGUCGACUUUGUCUGUGACGAGGAGUACUGUGUUGUGUAUGUGUGAGUGUCUUGAUUCAUUUCCUUGUGUUUGACGAAUGUUUAUACUAAAUCAAAAAAAAAAAUCCCCAUAUUUUUCUUAUUAACGAGGGGGCGUGCUGAUAUUCAGAUGAGGAAGUUAGAUGUGGUUUAAAAUAACGGAGUGCCUGAAGAACAACACUCGUUUGACGGGUGUUUAAGCUCAAACCGUCCCAGCAUCCCUGAACUAAGAGCGCAGAUGUUUCUGCACCAGAUGUUUCACACCAGCAAGUCUCCAACUACUUCACAGGAAACUCUGCCUAGCAACACCACCCAGCCCAUUACAUUCAACAUAAAAAUCAGAGACAAUUCAUGCUGCAGAUUUUUACGUCUUGUAUCCCUCUAAGAAAAAUGACAGCAGUUUGUAGGCCUGUUGCUAUAAAGCAACCAAACUAACACCAUUCAGCAGUCAAAGCAUUUGGAAGCAGUGGAAUGGAGACAGACAUGGAUAUUGUGAAAAUGACCUUGUAAAGUUUUUGCCUUUUUAAAAGUUGUUACCAAAAAACCAACUUUUAGACGUCAGACGUCAGUCAGAGUUUGGUUGAAUGCAGCACAGGCUUGCAAAACAGUCUCCUGUUGCAACACAGCGACAAUGAAAUUGUCAGUUAUGAGUUUUCCAAGUCAAAAUAACACAAUCUCCUUUUAGAAAUGAAAAGUCGAAUUCUUAAACAAUAAAACACACAGCUGCCCACUUCGACACACUCAGGGAGUUAGCCGCUGUAGCUUCGCUUAUGGUGGCUAAUGUUGAUUUGGUUGCUCUUCAGUGACUUUACUGAUUUUCUGUGUUUGUAAGGUGAAGACCUCUGCACAAGCCCGCAGUUAAUUUAUAGCUCCUCGUUUUACUCAAAUGAGAGCUGCAUUUAAACUGAAUUAGAUGAACCUGUAAAGGUGCAAAACACAGUGCUUACUGUAUUGAAAAUAACACAUCGCUACAAAUGAGUGGGCAAAUAAAACAAAACACCCCGCAUGCCACAAAAGUAAACUUUAGUUUAGUCUUAACUUUAGUCAUUUUGUUGAUUUUCUCGCCUUUAAUUCCUGUUAAGUGCAACACAGAUUUAAAAUCUGAGUGGGGUGAAAUUCAGUCUCCCACCAUGCUGUCAUUACCACGUCUGGCCACAGUGGCCGCUGUUCUGCAAAACUUGCACAGUUUCGCUUUAAAGUCGAAACUGAAGUGUGUACAGACCAGGAGAUCAAAAUCAAUCAUAUGUCAAACUUAAAAGAAAUAUGGCAGAUAUCCCCCAUACUGUUAUGGGCUCAUUGUUUAAGUGUUAUGCUGUUGCUGAGAAGAGGCAGAGUCUUUCCUGCUGUGAAUAUGCAGUAUGUGCAGUCUGCUAGACUCACUUCGUUCUGUCCCCGUGCAUAAGAGGAAGUCAAAAUUUCAUGUGGUUAAAAUGAGCAUGAUUUUUAUUUAUUUAUUUUUUUUUGAAUCAAUGAUUUAGGUCCCACACAAAGCACUCAGCCUUCGAGUCUUAAAGAAAAAAAGUAACUGGGGAACUUAAAUCUCUAAACAGGCUUCAGUUUAUGAAGUCAUUUUACAGAUACUCAUUGGCUUGGAUGAAUAUGCAUUUGAUUUGAUGGGGGGGAGGGAAUAACCUGGUCUUUCAGGUUUUUUCCAUUCUGAUGAGUCAUGUUUGGAAAACUUCUAAAAACUGGUUGUUCUCUGACUGAUUAUUGGUAAUCAGUAGAUUUACUUUGGAGUAAAUUGUCCCUUAAUUUUCUUUCAAGAGAUGCUACAGCCUAAGUUCAAGUUGCAAAAUUAUACUUGGGAUUCAGUUUGUUGGAGCACAUUUCCCGUAAAUUGAGAUUUCCUUCUAAUCUGAACUGAAAUGCCUCACAACAAGGUACUCUGACACACUCCCUCAUGCGUUUGCUGCUAACAUUUGGUUCGGUUUGUCUCGUUAGAUUGUUGAUCUCGUGACAUUUUUAUUUUUAUCGACGCAAUCUGUGGACGUUGGUGAGAGUUGAAUUUCACAGCUUUUCUUUUAGUCGCCCUCAUUGGGAAGGUUUGUUAAACAUCCUCACUGUUUCCAGUGUUGGUCUGAAUUGUUUUCAGUGUACAACCUAAAUGACUGUUUUAAAAUUAGGUUUGUGUUUGUUGAGCCACGUUUGCCUCUGCUCCAGUACUUCCUCCUGAUGGCCACAUUCUACUGAUGUCGAUCACUUCAAUAGAAACUAAAAUGCACUUGUACAGUCGAUAUAUUCGGUGAUCUCCUCUGAACUACUUAUCACUACUUUUCUAUGCAAGCAGUGUAACUUUAAUGACAGUGUUUUACAGUAUAAAGGAUUCAAUAUUUAUGAGAAAACAUUUUUAAUGUCUUAUGUUUGUACAUUUGUGUAAAAAGGUUUGUGUUACCUGCCCUGAUAAAUACAGACCUGAGAUGUUUCCGCUGA